AUGGAGGCCCAAUACCGCAACCGCGGCGGAGACACCUCCUUCUCCAGCCUCCGUGUCUAUCUAAACUCUCUCUCCGACACUCCCUCCCGGUUUUCCCGCCGUGCUGUCUCCGUUUCCACCUCUUACGACGAGAUGAGCCGUGUCCGCUCCGUCUCCGGCGAACAGCUUCGCCGCACUCUCCGGUGGUACGACCUCGUCGGACUCGGAAUCGGUGGGAUGAUCGGCGCCGGAGUCUUCGUCACCACUGGCCGUGCAAGUCGCCUCUACGCCGGUCCCUCAAUCGUCGUCUCCUACGCAAUGGCCGGCCUCUGCGCUCUCCUCUCCGCCUUCUGUUACACCGAGUUCGCCGUCCAUCUCCCCGUUGCCGGCGGUGCCUUCAGCUACAUCCGUAUCACAUUCGGCGAAUUCCCGGCGUUUCUCACCGGAACGAAUCUGAUAAUGGACUACGUUAUGUCAAACGCCGCCGUAUCGAGAGGAUUCACCGCGUACCUCGGAUCCGCAUUCGGAAUAUCCACCUCCCAGUGGAGAUUCGUCGUCUCCGGUCUCCCGAACGGAUUCAACGAGAUGGAUCCGAUCGCCGUCGCCGUCGUCCUCGCCGUCACGUUCAUCAUCUGCUACAGCACGAGGGAGAGCUCGAAGUUGAACAUGGUGCUAACGGCAUUACACAUUGCCUUCAUAGUGUUCGUGAUCGCGAUGGGUUUCUGGAGAGGAGACAUUCAAAAUCUAACCCGACCCGCUAACCCGGAAAACCCGUCCGGAUUCUUCCCGUUCGGAGCUUCGGGAGUGUUUAACGGAGCGGCUAUGGUUUACUUAAGCUACAUUGGAUACGACGCCGUUUCGACGAUGGCGGAAGAAGUACGAGACCCGGUUAAAGACAUACCGAUGGGAAUCUCUGGCUCAGUCGCAAUCGUCAUUGUACUUUACUGCUUAAUGGCCAUUUCAAUGUCCAUGCUUCUCCCUUACGAUCUGAUAGAUCCUGAAGCACCAUAUUCGGCGGCGUUUAGUAAAUCGGAAGGAUGGGAGUGGGUGACGAGAGUGAUUGGGAUCGGAGCAAGUUUUGGGAUAUUGACGUCGUUGUUGGUAGCGAUGUUGGGUCAGGCUCGGUACAUGUGUGUGAUCGGACGGUCAAGGGUGGUUCCCGCUUGGUUCGCUAAGGUCCAUCCCAAGACUUCUACUCCAGUCAACGCUUCUGUUUUUCUUGGAAUCUUCACGGCGGCUCUCGCACUCUUCACCGACCUAAACGUCCUCUUAAACCUAGUCUCCAUCGGAACGCUCUUCGUCUUCUACAUGGUCGCAAACGCCGUUAUAUUCCGGCGUUAUGUAGCGGUUGGAUACACCAAGCCUUGGCCUACACUCUCCUUUCUCUGCUUAUUCUCCAUAACCUCAGUUGUGUUCACCUUAGUGUGGAAACUCGCGCCGCCUGGCCCACCUAAAUGGUUCGUGCUUGGAGCCAGCGCCAUUGCGGCUAUAGCUGUCGUGCAGAUAUUCCAUUGUGUUGUACCUCAAGCUCGGAUUCCUGAGUUUUGGGGCGUACCGUUGAUGCCGUGGACUCCGUGCGUUUCGAUAUUUUUGAACGUGUUCUUGCUUGGAUCGUUGGAUGCUCCUUCGUUUGUCAGAUUCGGGUUCUUCACCGGCUUGGCAGUUCUCGUGUAUGUGUUUUAUAGUGUUCAUGCGAGCUAUGAUGCUGAAGGAGAUGGGUCUCUUGAUUUCAAAGACGUGGAAAGCCUUGAAAGAUUCAACUGA